AUGAACGGCGAUAGCUAUUCCAGAGACGGUGGCCGAUCCAGCGGAUCGCGCAACUACUCCUCGAGAGAUGACCAUCGCGAUCGCGGCGAACGGGGCGACCGUGGUGGCGACAGGCGCCGCCGUCGUUCUCGCUCCCCACGCCACGGCGGAGGCUCCCGCCGCGACUACGAGGUAGACACGUACUCUUCCAGCCGCGACUACCGUGAGCGCGAGCGCGAAGACACAUACGCCCGCCGUGAGCGUCGCGAUGACCGGGGCGAGCGUGGAGGAGAGCGUGGUGCCGAGCGCGGUGCCUGGGGCGAUUCCUACUCCCGACGCGACCGACCUCGAGGAGGAGACCGCGACCGCGACGACGACCGUGGCCACCGACGGGAACGCGGAGACCGCAACGAAAGGGGCGGCGACCGAUUCGGAGGCGAAGAGCGCAGAGGCGGACGGGGAGGACGCGAUGGGGGCUUUGGUGGCGGACGUGAUAGGAUGCGUGCGCAAAAAGAGGAGUCUCCGCCAUUCAACAAGCCGCGCGAGGCUACCCCCGAUCUCACCACCUUCACCAACAUCCAGAAGCGGGAGCGUCGCAUGACCCAAUGGGACAUCAAGCCAGCAGGUUACGAGAACAUCACCGCCGAGCAGGCCAAGCUGUCGGGCAUGUUCCCGCUGCCCGGAGCUCCUCGCGCUGCGCCCAUGGACCCGUCCAAACUCGCCGCCUUCAUUUCGCCCUCCGCAGGAACCGCCACCGCUGCCGCCCUCGCAACAUCUGGCGCGAAGCAGUCGAAGCGUCUCUAUGUACACAACCUGCCCCAGGGCUGCACUUCCCAAGAGAUUAUGGAGUUCUUCAACAACCAGCUCAACGGUCUCAAUGUCGUAUCCGGCAACGACCCCUGCCUGUCUGCCCACAUUGCUACGAGCAAGGAAUACGCUGCAUUGGAGUUCAAGGCAGCCGAAGACGCGACUCUCGCUCUCGCUAUGAACGGCAUUUCCAUGCGCGAUGACGGAGGCGCACCUGAUAGGUCGGGUCUGUCUAUCCGCCGUCCCAAGGACUACAUUACUCCCACCGCCGACGAGAACGCAUACCCGCCUGGCGAUGAAGUUUCGUCUGUCGUCAAGGACAGCCCAAACAAGCUGAGCAUCGUCAACAUCCCCACCUACAUCGAGGAGGAGCAGAUUCGAGAACUCGUCGAGACCAUGGGCAAGCUCAAGGCCUUCACUUUGGUCAAGGACACAGGAACCGACCAGCACCGCGGUAUUGCCUUCUGCGAGUAUGCUGACAACGGAGUCAUCGACGCAGUUAUCGAAGGUCUCAACGACAUCCCCCUCGGCGAUGGUAACCUCAAGGUUUCGCGCGCGACUGUCGGACUCCAGCAGACGACUGGUCUCGACGGUGGAGUUGGCGCCAUCUCAAUGUUGGCAGGAGCCAGCGCUGCUGAGAACCACGAGCACAGCCGUGUCAUCUGCUUGAUGAACAUGGUCACCUCGGACGAGCUGCUCAACGAUGAUGAAUACGAAGAAAUCAAGGAAGACAUCGAAGAGGAGUGCGGCAAGUACGGACCCAUCAUCGAGACCAAGAUUCCCCGCCCCGCCGGUGCCCGCGUCAACCUCGGUGUUGGCAAGAUCUACAUCAAGUACAAGGAUACAGAGUCUGCGCAGAAGGCUAUCAAGGCGCUUGCCGGUCGUCAGUUCUCCCGGAGAACGGUUGUCGCGACAGAGUUCUCUGAGGAGGGCUUUGACGUCGAUGCCUGGUAG